AGGCGGAGUCUGUUGGUAAGGGGGCGGGGCUCGCAGGUGUGAGCACAGUGAGGCUGCGGUGCAUUAUUAAUGCGUGCCCGCGCGUUCGCUCACUCAAAACAUUUCCACGGCGCAUUCGCAGUCGCACAUGACGCUCAUUUAUUUAUACAAGGUAGACAUUCGCGUACGGACGACACGGCGUGGCGAUACCUUUAUCCAUCCAGCAGUGGAUUGAUACGGCACACUGACGCCCGCGUCACGUGGUGUCUCGGCUACAAAAGCCCCCCCCUCUCUCUCUGGAAGCACGUCGGGGGUCGUGCGAGGGGCUACCCGCGAGACCCCGCAGGGAAGACAACAGCGGCCGGGGACACGGGGCCCAGGGACGCCGACGGGGGAGACGGGGGCAUGUGAGCCGUGGGACCCCGAUCGGGGGUCCAUUCUCCGCAGUCCUCGCCACCCUCCAAGGAUGGCGGCAGCGGCGGCGGCGGCGGCCGCGGCUGCAGCGGAGCCGGCGAGGGAUGUAAUGGCAGGGGGGGGUCCCUACGGCGAAGGGGACCCAACCGAGGGGGGCCCCUUACCGCUCGAGGCCGUGCUCCGAGCCUACGAGCAGCCCAUCAACGAGGAGCAGGCGUGGGCCGUGUGCUUCCAAUCCUGUCGAGCCCUGGCCGCGACCCCCUCUGCCGGCGUGGGGAGCCCCGCUGGACCCCGUCUACGCCUCGCGGGGCCCAGCGGGGUCCUGCUGCACAGGGACGGCUCCGUGCAGUGCGUGCUGCAGGCUGGAGACCCCGCAGCUGGGGAAACAACUGAACCCUGCUCACCAGAGGUGGAGGUGGUGCGCUCGCUGGGCUUCGUCAUCUACAAGGCCCUGGACUGGGGCCUGGACGAGAACGAGGAGCGCGAGCUGAGCCAGCCGCUGGAGGAGCUCAUCGACUGGAUGACCAGCCUGGAGGACGCGGCCAUCGACGACGGCGGGGGAGGUGCGUUGCGCGACGAGGGUUACGACGGGCCCGACGAGGACGAGGAGGCAGGCACCGGCACCGGCACCACCGCCGGCACCGGCACCGCCGGCACCGGCACCGCCGCCGCUAACGGUGGUAGCGGAGUGAGCCGUCCGGAAGGGCCGUUCCAGUCCGUCAUUAAGAUGUGCACGUCACACCUGCGGACGACUCGUGAAGCCGCGUCGCACUACCAGGCCGUGUGCCGCGCGCUCUACGCCGAGGCCAUGGAGCUGCGCACGUUCCUCGAGAAGAUCCAGAGCGCCAAGGAGGCGCUGAAGAAGAUGCAGGGCGGUGGCGGCGGCGACGGAAAUCAAGCGUCGCCCACCUCCUGCGAGCUCAACGAGCUGCAGCACCUGGACUGGGCGCGCCUGUGGGGCCAGGUGAUGCGCGAGCUCCGUCACGGCGUGAAGCUCAAGAAGGUGGCGGCCAUGCGUCCCUACAGCGGCCUGCCCAUCGAGUUCCAGUUCACGCCCUACGAGAUGCUCAUGGACGACAUCCGCGCCAAGCGAUACAACCUGCGCAAGGUCAUGGUAGGGGACAUGGUGAACGGAGACAUCCCCUCACGGGUGCGGAAGAGCGCGCACGACGUCAUCCUGGAGUUCAUCCGCUCGCGGCCGCCACUUAACCCCGUCGCGUUCCGGAAGCUACGCGAGACCCCGGAGCGACCCCGCAGUCUCCACGAGCAGAUGCUGGACGAGAUCCGCACGGACCGCAAGCUGCGGUCCGUCUCGCCCGUCCCGCCACAGCCCUGCCGGAUCGCCCUGAGACCCCUUAGCAUGUCACAGAGCUUUGACCUGGCAGACAUCGACACUCCGGAAGGGCGCUGCGUCCGCAAGAAGAAGCUGCUGCUGAAGGCGCCAACGCUGGCGGAGAUGGAGGCAGAGUUUGAGGAGGAGCAGGAGGAGGGCAACCUAGACGGCGCCGGGACACCGGACUACCUGGGCGACAUCGCGCCUCUCCUGCGCGACGCGGGGCCCCGGGCGCCCACAGACCGGCGCUCGCUGCACCUGAGCUUCAUGCCGGUGUCGUCGACGCCGCAGCCGGAGCGCCGCGUGCCAGGACCGCGGCGACACUCCAUCGAGAAGGAGACGCCGACCAGCACGGCGGCGCGAGAGUUCCCACGUGCCGUGCGCCAGGACUCGCGCUCGCUGGAAGUCGGACCGCGACCGCCGGUCCUGCACCGUGCCGACGGAAUGUUGAUCAUGGACGAGUUCAGCUUCCCGGUGGAGAGCCUCGCACUCACGGUGGAGGAGGUGAUGCACAUCCGCCAGGUGCUGGUCAAGGCCGAGCUGGAGAAGUUCCAGCAGUACAAGGAGAUCUACACGGCGCUCAAGAAGGGCAAGAUGUGCUUCUGCUGCCGCUCGAAGCGAUUCUCGCUCUUCACCUGGGCCUACACCUGCCACUUCUGCAAGAGGCCUGUCUGCUCGCAGUGCUGCAAAAAGAUGCGUUUCCCCACCAAGCACAUCGGCCACAUCCCCAUCUACUCGCUGGGCGCCGCCGGCCUCUCUGGUGCCAGCAGCCCCACGGCGCCCGGCCCCCCCCCUGCAGCGUCGUCGUCCUCCCGCAGCACCCCCGCACCACGUCGCACCGUGUCCAUGCGCGAGAGGGCGACACCCAGCACCGCGCCCGGCGGCGGCGGCGGCUGGGAGCCGGCGCUGCCGACGCGCAGCACGGCCGACUGGGGCUGCGUGGACGUCUGCGUCGACUGCCGGCGCUUCGUGGCCGACAUCAUCCGCUCGAGCCGCAACCCCUUCCAUGGCGACCGGCGGCCGCCCUGGCUGCGCCGCUACAAGACUCGCUCGCUGGAGCCCGGCGCCGGCGCCCGGAAGUUGGCGGGCGGCAGCGGCGACGCCGGCGGCGGGGAAGGGCUGGCGGCCGCCACGUCCGCGGCCCCCCCCGGCGUGAACCGCGGGUUCCACCUCGCUGUGCCGCGCGAGACGCCCAUCAAGGAGGUGUAGGCGGCGGCGGCGGCGGCGCCGGGGGUUGGCGUCGGCAAAGCGGAGAAAUCAAAGACGGCGACGACGGUGACGAGUUCCGCCGAUGUUGAUGGACGUGGGCCGACGCGGCCACUGCGACCGUCGCCGGCCGAAGAAUCAAAAAUGGACAAGCGGAGAAGCGCGGCGGCGGCGGCGGCGGCGGUGUCCGGUGGGGUAGCGCCACCUUCGCCGCCCGGGUCGGAACUCGCGGGGACCGGCACGGACGGCCGCCACCGUGGCGCCCGUGGAGUGAGCGGCGCUGCCCGCCAGGGAGUGCGCGCCCACCGCAAAGUGCGAGAUGCGUGCGAGUGUGUCUGCAUGUAUGUGCAUGCGUGUGCGCGAGUUCGCUCGCCGCUCCGUCAGCAUGGCACUGCCCGAUACUUGGUGCGCGCACGCACGCACGCACACAGACAGACAAACGCACAAACGCACCACGAGAAGAUAGGGAAACUCGCGCGUACGUACAAGCGCGCGCACGCGUAGAAAUUAGUACGCGCAGAUACACGCGCGUCCGCCGAACACGCACAAGCACACACACGGGGGACAUUGGCACAAAGACGCACACAGACACCGAGACACUAAAUAACACACACACACACACCGAGACAC